GCUACAUUCAUCUCUUGAACAAAUAAUUUUUUUAAUUGACUAACACUUUCAUAUAAAACCUACUUUUAAAUAAAUAAAUCUCGAAAACACAUAUUUUUACCGUACAAGACACUAAAAAUAGGACCCAAAUUGUAAUAAACUAAUUAUCCAAUUAGAUCCUAAAGCUCAAAAUUCCUUGUUGUGAGAAAAAUGGUGGGCAAAGGAACAGAAGUUGUCAAAGGCAUCGCCAUGAGAAAACGACCAAAAUUGUAGAGGCGCAGUAUUCAAAGUGGGGGAAAGACAACAUUAAACUCAGUGGCAAUAGUAAAUAUUGUAGUACACCAACAUUGAUUAAUGUCUCUCAUUAUCAUUAAUUAUUAUACAGAUCUUAAUCUCACAUAUCAUCAAUCACUGUAUCAGCAAUUUUCCUUUUAUUCAAUUCUUUACCUUUUAGCCCCGCUUUCCUUUUAUUCCAUUUUCCUUUUUUCUUCCUCAAUUUCACUUUCUAAUUCUAACUCAACUUUCCUAAAUCAGCAAUUUCUUCAUUUCUUGAUCUUGUAGAUCACGGUAGGGAACAAAUACAGUCGAGAUUUCUUGUUUUUGUUUAAGGGGUUGUAAUAGAGUUGUAAAACUUCAUCUGGGGUUUCUCCAAUUUCAAAAAUUCUUUAGGAUUACACGAUUCUUGAAUUGGGUUUUGAAAAUUUACACGUAAUGUCGUAGUGGAACUCCAUUUGGGUUUGUUGAAUUUUGAAAUUCUUAGGCCUUUUUCUGUGAAUUUUGGUCGAUUUACACGAUUCUGUGAACUGGGUUUUGAAUCUUGAUUGUUAAAGAUUGAAACUUUAGAUAAUUUUGGAAUUUCGAAUCUUGUUUGUGAAAGGUUGAAACUUUAGAUGAUUUUGGAAUUGGGUUUUGAAUCUUGUUUAUCAAAAGGUUGAAACUUUAGAUGAUUUUGGAACGUUGAGAGUCAAAAAUAGGGAAUUUAUUGCAGGAAGAGGAGGUGAAGAUGAGGAAUAGGGGAGAAAAGGAAGACUUAGAGAGUAAAUUACCUGUGUCAGUAACAAGAGAUUCAUCAGUUAGUCUUUUAAGGGUGCUCACAACUUUGAUUGUAUUUGUAGUUGGAGUAGUUCUUGGAUUGACCUCAAGUUCACAUAUUGAUAGGUAUUUUACCUUUCAAGCUGAACAGAUUAUUGCAAAUAAUGCAUUAGCAGAUACAGUGAGUAGGCAUGUUAGUGGAAAUUGUACUGUUUGUGAGGAGGAAGAUUGUUUAAGUAUGGAAAGUUUUGUUAGACCAAAGAUUUUGAUUCAUGGAAUGUCAGAUGAUGAAUUGUUUUGGAGGGCUUCAUUAGAGCCUUAUAAGGAGGGGUUUCCAUUUAAGAGAGAGCCGAAAGUGGCUUUUAUGUUCUUGACUAGGGGAGAGUUACCAUUUAUACCAUUGUGGGAGAGGUUCUUUCAAGAGCAGGAUGUGAAUAAGUACUCUAUAUAUAUACAUGCCCUCCCAGGUUAUGUGCUUAGUAUUUCUAAUACCUCAGUUUUCUACAAGAGGCAAAUUCCAAGUCGGAAUGUUGAAUGGGGGUCAGUAACACUUGUUGAUGCUGAGAAGAGGCUAUUGGCCAAUGCGCUGCUCGACUUCUCAAAUGAGCGAUUUGUCCUCCUCUCUGAGAGCUGUAUUCCAAUUUACAAUUUCCCAACUGUCUACGAGUAUCUCAUAGGAUCCAUUCAUAGUUUUGUUGAAUCAUAUGAUGAUCCUUCUCGCUAUGGGCGUGGCCGCUAUAACCGCAAUAUGAAACCUGAUAUCAAACUUGCUGAUUGGCGGAAAGGGUCUCAAUGGUUUGAGAUGAAUCGAACUUUAGCUGUUAGAAUAGUUUCAGAUACCAAAUACUACGAUAUCUUCAGUAGACUUUGCACUCCUGCUUGCUAUCCAGAUGAGCACUAUAUUCCUACUUUUAUUCGAUUAUUCCAUGGACCUUUAAGUGCAAACCGAACAGUGACGUAUGUUGAUUGGUCCUUAGGGGGACCGCACCCUGCAACAUUCAGUGCGGUAAAUAUUACUGAAGGUUUCUUACAGUAUAUAAGGAACAAUGGAACAGCAUGUGCAUACAACUCAGAGAAGACACAUGUUUGCUACCUCUUUGCUAGGAAGUUUGAUCCAAGUGCUCUAGAACCUUUACUGAAACUAAGUUCCGAAGUGCUGGAAUACUGAAGAGGAUUUUUGAGAGAUAAGGGUAUCUUUUUUCACCCUUUCCUUGUGAUUUAUAUUGAUGUUAGAUCCUUUGCUCACAAGUGUUUAGGUUGCAUUAUGAGUUUUUUGACUCUUGUAGUACAUGGUUUAGAAUUUCUUGAGGAGGAUUUAGGUGCUUAAAAUUGAGGGGAGGUAUUUAGUUUUCUUUUGCAGACAUUAAAUUUGCCAUUAUUUUACUGUAGUUGGGGAAAUUACCACGCAAAUGAUAUCCAGGAAGUUUUGUAGCUUCAUCUGCAGUUACAUACAGUUUUUACCAGA